CACAGUGUAUAAAUUGACAGGAAUUUGUGACUGUUCUUCACAGAUUCAUAGCACAACCGAACGCUAGAACCAUGGAAAUCCUAGUUCCACUCCUCUUGCUUACAAUCGGGCUCAUCGCCGGGGGUCAAUCCUCGAUUCUGUGCCCACUGCAGUUUGACCCGUCCGUAACGGUUCACCUACCGCAUCCGACCGAUUGCUCCAAGUAUUUGACAUGCGUCGGAUCGACUCCGGUAGAACAGUAUUGUCCGGCGGGGCUACACUGGAACCAUGAGGCCAAUCAGUGCGACUACCCGAGGGCGUCUCGGUGCUCUCGUGGUGCUGCUGCUUCGGAGCGAGCAACGUUUAACCUUAGUGACAUCACCGUGGGUCAGUACUGUUCUCCGAAGGGCGAUCAAUGUCCGAAAAGCGAUGAUCCUAAGCCGAACGUGGUGUUUUUAAAACAUUCCGAUUGUCGCAAGUUCCGUGCCUGCAUUGCAGCAGAACCGGUGGAAUUGCGUUGUCCCGAAGAUUUGUACUGGAAUGCGGACAGUUGUGUCUGCGAUUAUCUGAAGGAUGCUGAAUGUGAUGAGUCUUUUGAAAGAAAGUCAAAUAUUGCUAGCAAUGAGGUUGAGGUUGAGGAUGAAGCACCAAUUGAAGUCGACAACGCAGAAAAUGUAGAAGAACCCGAACACGAUCAGUCGGUUGCGGAGCUGGUUGAGCCAAUGCUGGCCGGUUUCCGAUUUCGUAGAUCGGUGAAUAACGACAGCUCUCCAGGAAGCUCUGAAGUUGGUUCUGGGUCCAGUUCGGGAUCGGGAUCGCGUCCUCCAAUUCAAUCCGGUGCUGCCGAACAUGCUGCCGUUUCCGUUGCAGUGCUGGUUCUGACGAUCGUUAUGAGCACGCUAUAAGCGAAAUGAUUUUACAACACUUUGUAAUCAAGAAGGUGAUGGGUUAUGAACAUUGUAUAUUAAAUAAUACAUGCAUUGGAAGGUUAAUUUUGAUGAAAGACUAUGCUUAUUUGUCAUUUGCAAUGGGAUGCCAUCCGCAGAUGGUUAGAUAAAAUUGUGAUCACUCAUUUCAUCCUACGAUCUUUUAAAUCAUUGGAAAAUAUAUGCAAUAAUUGAAUUAAA